GACCGUCGCAUCAAUAUGACGUAGCGUGUUUCGUCAUCAACAGCAGACACACUACCGCAAGACAGCAAGCGGCAAUAAUGCUUUUCUACUCGUUUUUCAAGUCGCUGGUGGGGAAGGAUGUGGUGGUGGAGCUCAAGAACGACUUGAGCAUCUGUGGGACGCUUCAUUCUGUGGACCAGUACCUGAACAUCAAGCUCACAGACAUCAGUGUCACAGAUCCAGAGAAGUAUCCACACAUGCUGUCUGUGAAAAACUGUUUCAUCCGUGGAUCUGUGGUCCGGUACGUUCAGCUACCUGCAGAUGAAGUUGACACGCAGCUGCUGCAAGACGCUGCACGGAAAGAAGCAAUGCAACAGAAGCAGUGAUCAGCCCGCCGGGUGGGGUUUAUGUAGUCUGGGGUGGGGGCGGGGGAUUUUUGGGACGGGAAAUAAUGAAUAGUUUGGGUUCCGAUCUAAGUUCAUUUAAAGAUAAUACGUUUUGUGCAGCUCCUGUAAUUAAACAGUGUCGGUCAUUUUCCAGUACUGACAGAGAAUUUAAUUGCAUUCCUGACUUUGGUGAUCAAUAAUUUGAAAAGCAACAGUUUAUUGGAAAUGGUCUUCACCUCUCAGGCCGAGCAGAAGGCUUCAUUUGAUACUGUCAUUUGUUAAAAAGAAAUCAAACUCAAUACGGUUUGAGCCCAGCAGAGGUAAAGAUCUGAUGAAGUGUUUUUGUUGCAAGCACUGUUGCUAAUCUUUAAAAAAAAAAAAAAAAAAUGCGACUUUGGAUUUUUUUUUUUAUGCCACUUCAAAAUAAAAUGCUAUUUUAUUUAUGUUCUGAUCAUGUUAUUGUCAUUUAGUCUUGUUUUGUUUGCUUUUUCUGUUGAGACUUGUUUUAGUUGUUGGCCUUUAUUGAAUUAUCAGUAUUGGAAGACAGAUAUUUUGUGAUUGAUUUCAUGGGAAAUAAAACCGAAACUCCCAUGG